AUGAGCCCAGAAGCCUUCAAGCAGACACUGCAGAGCGUCAUGAGUACGUAUGAGCAGGACCAGCUAGUGACAAAGACAACAGUUAUACUCAGCAAGCCUGAUGACUGGGAGAGAUGGCUGUUUGUCAGAAAGGACACAGCAGACAGAGACGGCCUGUGGCCGUACAUUGACCCAGGGCUAUCAGCAGAGGAGCUGAGGGAGCUACAAGACGAGAAGCCACAGGAGAAGCCUUGGUGGAGGUUCAAGAAGACACAGGUAUCUAAGGAAGAGCAGGAAGAUAUUGAUAUUGAGGAUCUAUCUGCUGAAGAGAUAUCUGUAUACAACAUGUGGACUAGGAAGUACGAGCGUGACAAGGCAAGAUGGCUGCAGAAAGAGAAGGCCUUGAGGAGCUUCAACUCUAAGAUUGCUAGGACAAUCAACGUCAAGCAUCUAGAUCUUAUUGUUGACUGCUCAAGCCCGUACAGUUAA